AUGAACCUUUAUGAGGAGCAAGUUUUGAAGGUGGAUUCUGGACUGUUCUUAUUUGGACUGGUUGUAGUUGUUCAUUUUGUAAGCAAAUACGGGCUGGAGGACAAUACAGUGGACUUCAUUGGUCACGCAUUGGCUCUUCAUAGAGAUGAUCGCUAUCUAGAUGAACCUGCCCUUGGUACUGUAAAAAGGAUGAAAGUUGAAUUUGAUGUUGAAGGAAAAGUUUGUGGUGUGACAUCAGAAGGGGAAACUGCUAAGUGCAAGAAGGUCGUACGUGACCCUUCCUACUUACCAAAUAAGCCACAGGUUAGGAAGGUUGGAAAGGUUGCAAGGGCGAUAACUAUUAUGAGCCAUCCCAUCCCAAAUACCGAUGACUCUCAUUCAGUGCAGGUUAUUCUGCGACAGAAGCAACUAGGACGCAAGUCGGACAUGUAUCUCUUCUGUUGUUCUUAUUCACACAAUGUUGCCCCAAAAGGGAAGUUCAUUGCAUUUGUCUCAUCAGAAGCUGAGACUGAUCGUCCGGAGAUAGAACUAAAGCCAGGAAUUGAUCUUCUUGGGCCAGUAGAUGAGCUAUUUUUUGAUAGUUAUAGUUAUGAUGCUAUGACACAUUUUGAGUCAACUGUCAUGGAUGUGCUUCAUAUGUAUCGCAUGAUCACCAGAAAGGAUCUUCCUGUACUACCAGCCCAUCCGACCCCUGAUCAAAGGGCUACCCACGAGAAGUGGUUGGAUGACGAUAAUAAGGCACGGUGCUACGUGCUGGUGUCUAUGUCCAAUGAGCUCCAACGUCAGUAUGAGGAUAUGAAAACUGCUAGGAGCAUUCUCUAUGAGUUACAUGUUGAUGUUUCUGUGAAUAUAAUCGAGCAGGAUGUGAAUGCCAUAGGAGCUAAACGACCUAGAGAUGAUAUUAAUCUCAAGUACAUGUGA